CACCUCUCAGUCUUCUCUCUGUUCAUACAAAUCUAUCCGGACGCCAUCUAGAUCCUCGUUGCUUGGCAGCUUCUUAUCAUUAGCCGUCUGCUACGAGUUUGACGCUUGACGUGUGGGACAAACAAGAUACGGAUCAGCGGCGACGAGGCUCCGCGAUGCCUCCGUCCGUCGUGAUUUUGAGAAGAUCUAAGAGCCAAGCCCGGUAUCAUCCACCACGUUGAUCCGAUCUCCACGAGAAUUCCCCAUGAGGCUUUCACGCGACGUACGUUGUCGAAGCAGUCCUCUGCAAAACGGUUCGUUAUUAGUGGCCUGGAAUCACGAUAUCAUCGAUAGCUGAAGAUAAAUUGUCGCACGGGAUAUUGUUAUCGGUACUGAUCAGCGGAAAAUUCGUGCCGAUUACGAAAACCUGAAAGCUGUCAAAGUGACAGCUCGCGUGGAUAGUCAAUAUAUAUCAUCGUCAGUACGAGCAAUAUCAUCUGUGGCUGCUUUUAAACAAUAUGUAAAAAUUUAACAAGAGAUUCUACAUUGAAAAAAACAAGUGAAAAACAAUUGUUGAACACAUGUGUUGAGCAAUUUAAAUUAUGCAAAAUUGAAUAAUUGAAAGGCCUAUUUAUACGUAAUUCUAAUUUGAACGAGAAUUAUAUUAUAAAGAUUAAAGAUGUCAGGUGGAGAGAGAAAGAAAAGAGGCUGCGAUAGAGGGCAUGGGUGGGAAGAAGCUGGUGCUGAAUUCUAUCAAGAGAGUUAUCCGGCAGCUAUCGAAGCGGAUCUGCAACAAGCUCUACAGAAAGACCCUUCGCAUAUAGCCACUUUACUUCCUAGCAAGAAGUCUCGUGUUGCCACAGCAAAACGAAUUCGAAAUGACACAAAAACAACGUUGAGAAGACGCACAAGUACUCGAUCUCGUGGUACUACAACAUCAAGGCGUAUGUCAACCAAUAUACACGAUGCAGCAGUAUCUAUGCUACCGGAUCUUUCAGAAAACUUGUCCAACGAAGAACGUACCUGGGAAGAAAUUAUGCAGAUCAAAGCAAUGCCUGUAUGCAUGUCUCAAAAGAUGCAAUUGAAGAAUCAAUUACAGAGCGCCACAAAGUUGAGACUUCAAGGCUUUGAACAAUUAAAAUGGCAGCGUAGAAAAGCUUGGCAGCAAUUUCGCAUAAGAAUGAAGGAGACCUGGUCCAAGAUGGAGCUAUGGAAUGACAGUCUCAAGAAAAUAGGCGGAAAUUUUGGGAUGGGUAUAGUGGCAUAUUUUUUAUUCAUCAAAUGGUUGAUGUAUCUAAAUCUUCUUCUGUUUGCAAUUAUAUUCUUACUGGUAGUGUUGCCAGCAAUCUUGCUUGAAACGCCCGUGAGCGAAAUAUGUUUGUCUAACAACACUGCCAGUGUAGCAUGUUGUUCCGAAUUGUAUAGGAAUAUGACUGAUGAGAGUGAUAGUAUAACUAAGAUCGUGCAAGGCAUCUUAGAAUAUACUUUGCUGUUUUAUGGCUGGUACACGCAUAAGAUCUAUGAGAGCGUAGGCGUCAAUUUCUAUUACAAUUCGCCGCUGGCCUACAUUUGUGCCAUCAUCAGCGUCUUCAUCAUUAGCCUAGUAGCGAUCGUCCGAUCGGCCGCCAAAGGUUUCAAGGAAAGAGUAGUAGAGGGUGAGGGUCAAUUUUAUCAAUAUUGCAAUUUGGUCUUUGGCGGCUGGGAUUACUGCAUUCACAAUGAAAAAUCCGCUGCCGUAAAGCACAAGGCGUUGUACAACGAGAUAAAGGCAUUUCUGGAAGCAGAAAGAAUGGAAGAAGAACGGCAAAAUCGCACGAGGGAGGAGAAGACGAAACUUUUCUUUAUACGUCUGUUCGUUAAUCUAUUAGUUUUAACAGUACUGAGCGCUUGCGGCGCGUUCAUUUAUUAUGUGAUCGACUUCUCGUUCGAUCAGUUGACAUACUUGGCGCAAGAACACGAGAUUGCUCGUUUAUUCUUCGAAUUCCUUCCAUACGUAUGCAUUGUUGGACUCAACGUGGCGAUUCCAUUUCUCUUUCGCUAUCUGGUCGCUCUAGAAAAUUACAGUCCAUCGUACGUGGUUCGUGCAACGCUAUUCAGAACCGUCUUUCUUCGACUUGCUUCUCUCGUCGUUCUGUUAACGUCUUUGUACAGACUUGUCGCGGACAAAAUUCCGGAGAAUGAAUGUUUCCACCAACAGUUCCGGAGAAUGAAUGUUUCCAACAGUACGAACAAACUACCGUUAUGCUGGGAAACGUUCGUGGGGCAACAAUUCUUCAAGCUGUACACCACUGAUCUCUUCAUUCAAUUCUUCAUGACGUUCUUCGUCAAUUUUCCGCGCUCGCUGAUCGCGCGACACACCGAGAACAAGGUCCUGCGCUUCGUCGGCGAGCAGGAGUUUGAUCUGCCUAAGCACGUACUGGAUAUCAUCUACUCGCAAACGAUCUGCUGGCUCGGCUGCUUCUUCGCCCCGUUAUUACCAAUGAUCGCCGUAAUCGGCACGUUCUUGCUAUUCUACGUGAAGAAAUUCACCUGUUUGGUGAAUAGUACACCGUCGAGUAAGAUUUAUCGCGCGAGUAGAUCGAAUUCUCUGUUCAUGUUCAUCCUGCUUGUCUCCUUUAUUCUGGCGGUGAUACCGGUCGGCUAUUCCAUUGCGGAGAUCAUGCCGUCGAAAUCGUGCGGACCGUUUCGCGAAUGGGAGUCUGUAUGGACGUUAUUAAUCGCGACGUUUUCAUGCUUUCCCGACUGGCUGCAAUCGACUCUGUUCUUCUUGGGUACAGCUGGCUUCGGUAUACCAGCGUUCGUUAUUCUCGCUUUACUUCUCUAUUAUUAUUACGCAGUGUCGAUAGCGAACAAGCAUAUGGUGACAGUGUUGAAGAAUCAAUUGGUCUUAGAAGGCCACGAUAAACAAUUUUUACUGAAUAGACUCAGCGCUUUCAUCAAGCAGCAACAGGAUCAGAACAAGUUUCAUCAGGAACAAACUAAUGAAUUAGGCACGUUUCAACAUGUAUAAAUAGUAUAAAAUUUGAUUUUAUUAUUUGUUCUUUUUCUGAAUGUACAGAAUGCGUAUUAUUUAACAGCUUGCUUUUGUAGAUUUUAUAGAUUUUAAUUACGAAACAUAAGACUGUGUCGAUUUUAUCUUCUUUAUUAUAUUGUAUACACGAGUUGGUGUUUUACUAACCGUUUUUUUUGAUACUCUAUAUCGAAUUGGAUAAAAACUCUAUCAGAUUAUACAGGAAUGCGCGGACAAUACCAAAGAUUAAUAUGCAUUCUAUUUAUGCUGCUCAUUGCAGUGUCUUUAUACAAAGAUGUUUCUUAAAACUUGAAUGUAUUACAGUCACACUGCCAAAGAUUUGAAUUUUCAAGAAAUUUUCAAAAAUUUUAUAAAAUCGGUUUUUCACACACAAUUUGCAUUCAAACGGAACAUAUCUCACGUUCUAAGAAAUUCAGUCACCUCAAUGUGUAUAUGAAAAUAUACAUCUGAAAUCAGGGUACAAAAGAGAAACGGAAGGUGUUGCAAGUAUUAUUGCAAUAGUAACUGUAUGUGAAUUAUUCAUUCAUUGUAAUUCUAUAUAAUUUUAUGAGUAUCCAUUAAUAUUAAUAUUAAUGUAAAACCAUACAAAUUUAUAAUGUUAAACGCGAACAAAGUCUAAUUCAGUGGAUAAUGCGUAAUAAGAUCUUCAGUGAAAAUAACACAUUAUACUAUAUUAUAAAUUAAAUAACACAUUAUACUAUAUUAUAAAUUAAUGUGAUCGCAUUUAACAUAAAAGAAGAGACUAAAUCACAAAGAAAAAACAGAGAUUAUUCAAUAAUCUAUAUCUGUCACUUGUUGGACACCUUCCUAGUUUGCCUAAGGCUUCACUUUAUUGGCCUCAGUCUAAAAUCGAACAGGCAGGUACUCGUACAUACCCGUCUGAUUACGUAUAAGAUGUGAUUAAAAUAUGUUUAGCUUAAU